AUGCCGUCGCCACCACCUUUGAGCCCUUCGCCUCCUCCAGCGACGGCGGGGCGAUCCAUGCAGCUGCCUCCCGGGCAGGGCGCGAGCAUUGUUCAUGGAACGUCUGUGCCUUAUGUCGUACCUUCCACAAGGGUGGUCCUGCCCGCUGGGAGCAUCGUGACACCUGCAUCCCCGCCAAAGGCGGGUGCAGUGCCUGCGACAAACUGGCGCCCGGUCCCCUACACGGCGCCUUAUCCGAACUACACGACUGCGGCCGUGCCCAAGGCCACCGCGCUCCCGGCGAACGUGCUCUCCGUUUCGCCCACGUUGCCCUCGAAGUCCUCGGAGGUGUCCCUGUCGGAGCUGAGUACCGAAGCGAAGACGGACUCGCCAAUCGCCACACGCAUGCUCCCCGAACCGGUCCGGCAGACGCCAGCUGACCAGGGGCCGGCUCCAUCCUCCUCCCCACUGUCCAAGCUGAAAGGCCUGUCAAGCGGGGCCAUGAGUCCUGUGGCAUCGGCGGCCCCGACACCGCCGACCACGGCUUCCAAGUCGUCCCAUCCACGCACGCCAAGCAAACGCUGCCACAUUCGCUCGGAUUCGGUGCAGUGGACGCAGCUCGAACGCGACCUCUUCGAGUCUAGCUCCGGUUUGUACCAUCCCACGGAGAUGGCGACUAUGCGGCGGCUACCAUCGCAAGCUAUCCUGAUCGGUGGGACCGGCGUGAACUUCGAGGUGCCCGGGCGGGUGUCCAUCGUGGCGCCCUCCAUGUCGAAGCGACAGCACUACCACGAGAACCUUUGGCGCUGCUUCGAAUCUCAGACAUGGGCAGACAAGGAGCUCAUCGUGGUGGAAACGUAUGAAGAUGCGCCCUCGAAGUUUCUCCAGGCGAAGGCCAUGGUGGAUGAGCGGAUUGUACACAUCACCAUCAAAGUACAGCCUGGCCAGGACUUUACUGUUGGCUUGAAGCGCAACAUGACGCUCCACAUGGCCACAGGUGAGUACAUCGUUAAUUUCGACGACGACGACCUUUACGCGCCAGGUUACGUCACGAAGAUGGUGAGCCUGAUGCAGAAGGAGCGACUGGUUGGGGUCACCCUAUCGGCCUGGUACAACUAUUACAUUGGUAAGGGUGUUUGCACCUUCUCCGACCCAGAGAGCUGGGAUGAAUGGGUUGACAGCCCGGCUGAGCUGGAUGACAUCCUUUAUGGCUACGGUUUUAGUUACACGCACCGUCGUCAAGCGAGCUUGCUGUUUCCGUACCCCAACGUCGGAUUCGCCGAAGAUGCGCCUUUUUUCCUCAAACUCCGCGAGGUGUACGGAAACGACAAGGUACUCCUUUACAAGGAUGUCGACGGCCUCUGUCUUCACAUCAUGCAUCGGGCCAAUACCGCACAAGUUCUCGGCAGCCGCAACGCUUCCGCGCAGGAGAUUGCUUCGCUGGAAGUGGCAUGCCUUACACCUUUUCAGAAGAUGAUCGACAACGACUUUUUCCGCUUCUCGCCCUGGCGGCCGCCUGUGCGCUUGCCGGCGCUUUCUGCAGAAAUCAGCGUGGACUGGGUGGAGGAGGAGGCAGCCGAUGUCAUUCCAAAGCUCCGCGCAUCGACGUUGGAAGGGCCAGGUGGCUUCGAUGUCACGGCCAACCCACCCAUGCGGCCGCGCGCCGACUCUUUCCGCAACUCCGAGUGCUCCGUCGUCGAAUUCUGA